GGCGGCUCUCCCAGUCUCAAGGUCGUUUCAAAAUUCUUUGUGGAUACAGCAAGUUUCGAAGUUAUUCCCUUAAAAUGAUGAAAAUUGUAUAAUUGUACAUUUUGCAGCUAACAAUGUCAGAUAGGUAUGAGCAUUAAAGAGAAUAACAUUUCUAGUAUGGAAAGUUUGAAUUUGAGACAACAGUUGAAAAGAUAUCUGCCAUAUUCCAAAUGCCAGAAUGAAGGAUGUAAAUGUAGUACAUGGAAGUCAACUGAUUUGGAAACAGACGACAAAGUUAACGAUGCUGUGUGUAAAAAUUGCCGUCACGUUCAUUUUAGCCUGUCUGACUCAAAUGCUAGUGUUUGGCUUAACAGCGCAAUGCAAAUGGUUAACGAUGUGGAGCGUAUGUAUGUCUUGUGCACAAAAGAAGAGGACACCGAGACGAGAAAUAUUUAUUUUUGUAUCAUGAAGCGCCUUCGUAAAGCUUUAAUGAACAAAGUACAACCUGUUUUUGAUGAUAAACCUCCAUUUGAACGACCUAAUAUAGAGACAGCUGUUAGAAAUGCUCUACUUCUUUGCGCUGUUACUAAUCCUCAAAAACCAGACAUCACGAUUGAAUUGUGCAAAUUAUUUUUGUCCUAUAUUAAUUCUUAUAAAAUAGCAUAUCCAAGCCAAAGAAUUCACAAGCAUGAAAACAAAACAGGAUAUAAAUUAAUUUAUAUGAGAUGGUUGUGUCAUUGCUAUAUACCAAAGUUUUGUCUUACAUUACCGUAUACUGAAGUUACCUGUGCAUUUGGAAAGAAUUUCCUAUUAGCUGUUUUACCUGAAAUUAAACGAAAACUAAGUGACUUUUUCAAAAAUAAUUCUACAGCCUCCUCUAUACUGGAUGUCAAAGCACAUUUGAUACAGCCUUUAUUGCGGUUAUGCAGUUUACUGGAGGAUACUAUUGACAGGGAUGAUACAACAUCAAUAUGGGAUCCAUAUUUUCGAGUACCAUCGCUUACUGACUUCCAUAUUAUUACUCCUAAUAAAUUGUUACAGUCAAUUUCUAUUGAUCACAUAGUUCAUCAUCCUACACAUCAGCAUAGUCUGUCUCUCGAUAGUUCAGUUGACCUGAAAACAGACAUAGCUGUUACACCACUGAUCACUGAUUCUAAAUUGAAUAAACCAUUCAGUAACUCUGAUCUGACAGUUUGUGAUACAAGUAUUGAAGGAAAUAAAUGCAUUAAAGAAGAAACUGAGGAAUUAUCUACAAAACCAUAUAAAAUCAAUGAAACUUCAGCCAGUCGGAGAUCAAGCGUUCGUCUUCGAAGUCAGUCUUCGCUAGUGAAUGCAUCCUCAUCUCUGAGUGAUUCAGAAAAACUGGAUUGUAAAUCCGAGGAGAAAUAUACAAUUACUCAUAGUGAUUUGAAAAAACCUUUAAGCAAGAAACUGCAUUUACCUGUUUCAGGAGAUAUUUGCAUUACUGAAUUAGAACAAAUUUUGGAAGAAAUUAAAAAUGGUGAAAGUCCUCAAAAAGGAUUUUAUCCUUUUCAAACACUGCAUUCACUAAAUGCAACAAGAGAUGCUGCUGCCCGUCAAGAAGAAUCUGCGGGGAAUAUUGAAUUUCACAUAGUUAACAACAGUUUAAAUCCAAAUCAAGCUCCACAAACAUAUAUAUGGCUUUUGGAAUUAUUGAAUGUAUUCGCCUUACAACUACCUCGUAUGCCAAAAGAAUAUAUCGCGCGUCUUAUUUUUGACCCAAAACACAAAAAUCUCAUCCUACUCAAAGUUACUGAAGGCAAUGAAAAACACGCUAUUGGUGGAAUAUGCUUUCGUAUGUUUCCAUCUCAGGGAUUUACGGAAAUUGUGUUUUGUGCAGUUAUUUUCAAUGAACAGGUUAAAGGCUAUGGUACACAAAUGAUGAAUCAUUUGAAAGAUUAUCAUAUUCAGCAUAAAAUAUUUCAUUUCCUUACAUACGCUGAUUCAUUCGCUACUGGAUAUUUUAGAAAACAAGGAUUUUCACGAGAAAUACGCCUCUCUCGACAAGCUUAUGUAGGAUUUAUUAAAGAAUAUGAAGGGGCUACAUUAAUGGGCUGUGAAUUAUACCCAAAUAUUAUAUAUACACGAUUUUCUGAAUUGAUAGCGAAACAAAAGGAGGUUAUUAAUCGAUUGAUAGAACGACGUCGUGAGUCGGUAAAUCAAGCUUAUCCAGGAAUACCUGCUAAGUUAUUUCGUAAUGGACCAUUGAAACCAGAACAAAUUCCUGGUCUAGCUGAAUUAGGAUUUACUACAAAUCAGUUCCCCGAUUUAUUUGAUAAAAUCGAUAAUGUAGAAUCAUCAGAAAAUGUGACAAACAAUAAUAUUAAUCCAUUAAAACGUGAAUCAUCGACUGAUCAAAGCAUUGAAGAAAUCCAAAGUUUUCCAAGGAAGCUACGCAAACGUUCAUUACAAUCUCCUCUUAAAACAACAUCAAAGUUACAGAUGAGUCCAAAAUUAAAUUCAAGAUUACGACGUCAAAAUAGUUUGUCGAAAAUGCCAGAUCCACUAGAACCUGUUUGGAUUCAGAAAACAAAACAGUUAGCAGAAAAGAUACGUCCUGUUUUAAGCGCAGUCCGCAAUCAUGUGUUAGCUGGUCCUUUCCAAAGACCUGUCACAGAAGAUGAAGCUCCAGAUUAUCAUAAAAUUAUUGUUUUUCCAAUAGAUUUAGGUACAAUGUGGGAUCGCCUAAAAUCAAACUAUUAUGUUACCAAAUCUUUGUUUAUCGCUGAUAUGAUGCGAAUGUUUCAUAAUUGUCGUACUUAUAAUCAACAAGACUCAUAUCUAUAUAAGACUGCAAAUACUUUAGAGCGUUUUUUUAUCAAUAAGAUGAAGGAAGCCAAUUUAUGGCCUUAAGUCUUAUGAACAGUCACAUAAUUUAUGUAUUUCUGUACAAAUUCAUUAUUUUGUGUGUGUUUUUUUUACUCUCUUCAACAUGAUUGCGUUUAUUUCUUUAUAUGUAUAUGUGGUGUUGUGCAGUCUUAUGCUCGUAGGUGGCAUUCUGUAAAUUGUAAAUAUAUAAUUAUCUGUUGUUAUUAUUACUAAUAAGUGUAUAUGUGUAUUACUUACUCUACUUUGAUUAUCUUUGUGGCGAGAGAUGAUGAUGAUGAUGAAACGGGAAUUUCUUUUCCCUUGACUUUUUAACAUAGCUGCACACUUCA